AUGCCCUACGUACCCCCGCACUUGCGCGGCAAGCAGCAGGACGCUGCUUCCCCAUCUGAGUCCUCUUCCACAGCUGCUCGUGCUCCUGAAGGCUCCUCUGGCUUUCCUCGUUCCGGUAGUUAUGGAACUCGUCUAGACAAUGUUUCGUAUGGCGGAAGGGGAGAGGGAGGAUUUUCGCGUCAGGGCUCGUCCGGACUUCCCCGCAGUGGAAGCACGCAAAAUUUCGGUGAUGCUAGCAGAGGAUACCAUCGCAGUGGACCAGCUGUGGAGGCCGUGUUCGCCAACUGGCAACCUACAAGCCGUGUUCAGGCGUUGAGCGAUGAGAAUAUUCAAGAAAUUCGGCAGCGUCUCAAGGUCACAGUCGAUGUUACCGAAGGCGAGCCCAAGGCAGCACCGCCAAUUGAGUCGUUUCAGGAAAUGAAUCUUCACCCUAACAUUUUGGCGGACAUUGCCCAUCACAAGUACGAGACGCCCACGCCAAUCCAGGCACAGGGCCUUCCGAUCGCUCUGUCGGGACGCGACAUUUUGGGCUGCGCUGAGACCGGAAGCGGCAAGACCGCAUCCUUCUCAAUCCCAAUGAUUCAGCACUGUCUUAAUCAGCCUCCUCUGAGGCCGGGUGACGGGCCUAUGGCGCUGGUGCUGGCACCAACCCGUGAGCUGGCGCAGCAAAUUGAACGCGAGGUCCGUGCCUUCAGCCGCAGCAGCAGCCGCAAUGUGCGCACGUCAAUUGUGGUGGGUGGCGUGCCCAUGCAAGAGCAGCGCCACGACUUGCGCAACGGAGUGGAGGUGGUAGUGGCUACACCCGGCCGCUUCAUCGACCUCCUACAGCAGUCCUACACCAAUCUCAGCAGGGUAUCGUACGUCGUACUCGACGAGGCGGACCGCAUGUUGGAUAUGGGUUUCGAGCCGCAGAUUAAGGAGGUGAUGAACAACCUGCCGCCCCGUCACCAAACGUUGCUUUUCAGCGCGACCAUGCCCAAGGAGAUUGAGGAGCUGGCCCGUGCCUACCUGAAUAAGCCGGUGACGGUCAAGAUCGGCGCCGUGUCCACUCCCACCGCCAAUGUGGCCCAGCGGCUGGAGCACGCACCCGAGGGACAGAAGCUGGACAUCCUGGUGGCGCUCAUCUCUUCAGAGGUUGCUGCCGAGGCCUCGGGUGGGCCCCCCAUGCCGCUGACUAUUGUGUUCGUUGAGCGCAAGAACCGGUGUGAUGAGGUGGCCGCGGCGCUGCAGGAGGAUGGCAUCCCGGCCAAUGCACUGCAUGGAGGGCUGGGGCAGUUUGAGCGCGAGGCCGCGCUUCGCGACUUUGCAAAGGGUCACAUCAAGGUGCUGGUGGCGACCGAUUUGGCCUCCCGUGGACUGGACGUCAAGGGCAUUGGCCACGUGAUUAACAUGGAUCUGCCGAAGACCUUUGAGGACUAUGUGCACCGAAUUGGCCGCACGGGGCGUGCGGGAACCAAGGGCCGAGCUACCUCAUUGUGGAACGACCGAGACAGCUUCCUGGUGGCGCAGAUUAAGCAGGCCUUGGCCGAGCUGGAGAAGGGCAACGGCUUUGCCUUCGCCACUGGCAAGGAGGCUCGCAAGGAGGAGCGGCAACUGGCCCGGGAGUUCAAGUGGCUUAAGAUGACGAGCCAGGGUAUGCUCCAAACUGGCGCCGGGGCAGUCAAGGUGGAUGACAAGUACGCGCACAUGGCCACGGCGGCUCCGGCGGCGGCCGGUUCGGGGGUGGCGGAUGCGGCGUGGGACGAUUAA